UGGCAAGGCUGCUUUUCAUAUUCGUGCCGCCGGUUUCAGUCAGAACCCGCGGCAGCUUAUCGGGCCAGCGGUAUGCCGGCGGUAUGCCUGCGGUUUACCAGUGAAUAUGUGCCUAAGGCAUGCCGCCGGGACGCUCUGUCCCAUCACCUGAACAUUGCGACACGAGAUAAGGACAGGGGAGCACGGCGUCCGCCGCAUAAAAGGAGGAUGCAGGCAUAGAGGCGUCGAUAUAUAUAAAUCGAGGUGAACACAUCGAGAAGUAUUCAGUGUUGUCAACAGACUCAAUAACCAGCUUUACCCAAAGUAUAUCUCACAAGGAGUCUUUCAUCCAAUCCCGGAUCUGUCACAUAUCAGCAAGAAAUCGAAUUCACCAAAGCUGUCAAUGGAGCAAAAUACCCUAAAACGAAGAGGCAUUGGCCUUACGGGUGUCGACAAAUCCAAAUCUUUUGGCGGCUAUACGCUCUUCUGUCCACUCACCAGUGAUGUUGCUCACCUGGUGGAUGUUGAUGGCAAAGAAGUGCAUUCAUGGAAGCUUCCAGGAAGAAUCGGGCGACAUGCAAGAAUCUUGCCCAACGGCAACCUAGCUGUUAACACACUUCGGGAAACGGAGCAGAAGACCAGUGAUGGGGGUCCAUUUCCCUUCCCUUUCUUUAACAAGUACGGAGGUGGCGUCAUGAGCGAGCUGGACAAGGACGGCAAGGUGGUUCGCCAAUUCACCGACCCUUUCGGGCAUCACGAUCAAUAUCACUUUGGCGAUGGUCGCAUGCUCUACACGAGCCUCGAGGCUUUGUCGCCUGAAGACUCCGCCAAAGUCAUCGGGGGUGUUCCUGGCAGUGAGAUCGAUGGCAUUACCUAUGCAGACACGAUUAAUGAAGUUAAUGCAAACGGCAAGCUGGUGUGGCAGUGGAAAGUGUCCGAGCGACUGCCCAGAGACGAAUUCCCACUGCAGCCACACUACACCCGCGAACAUUAUCCCCUGAUCAAUGCCGUUCAGCCAAUGCGCGACGGCAAACAUAUUCUGGCGUCGAUGCGGUCAGUAUCAGCGGUAGUCAUUAUUGAGAAGUCGACUGGCGACAUCGUCUGGAAACUUGGUUCUGAUGUCCUCGCCCAGCAGCACAACGCGAACGAGCUAGAGAACGGAAAUAUCCUUAUCUUCGACAACGGUGCUUUUCGAACGGGUGAAUCGAUCCAGUACACCCGUGCCAUCGAAGUGGAUCGGGCGACCAAGAAAAUUGUCUGGGAAUACCAUGAUCGAGCUCAGAUGGUGUACUUCUUCACACCGUUCAUGGGUAGCGCUCAGAGACUCGCAAACGGCAACACGUUCUUGUGUGAGAGCGCGUUCGGCCGCCUGUUUGAAGUCACGCCUGAUGGCUAUGUCUGCUGGGAGUACGUCAAUCCCCACUUUGCGCCUUACCCGGACGAAGCGACAGCCAAGAUGUUCCCGGGCGACUCAAAUGCCUUGUUCAGAGCGUAUCGAUAUUCGCUGGAGGAGAUUCCUUGGCUAAGGGCAAAAAUCGCGGGUAACACUGAUCGAUUGGGUGGCAUUUGCAGGCAGCAGUAGUGUGGUGCAGGGUAUUUGAGGCAUUGCGGAGUUGGCAGCUUUAUGGGUACACAUAGC